CCAAAACCACGUGACAAGGUCCCAGGAAGGAGUGUGUCUGACGCCGCGCUUUUCUCUUGUUACUGUUCUCUCACAUAUACACGGCAUGUCUGCGCGCAGGGUGGCCCUGGUCACCGGCUCUAAUAAGGGCAUCGGGCUGGCCGUGGUCCGCUCGCUGUGUAAGCAGUUUGACGGGGACGUGUUCCUGACGGCGCGGGACGUGGGCCGGGGGCAGGCGGCGGUGGAGGGGCUGAAGGGGGAGGGGCUGUCCGCGCUGUUCCACCAGCUCGACAUCAACGACCCGGCCAGCGUCCGCACCGCGCGCGACUUCUUCAGAACCCAGUACGGAGGAGUGGACGUCCUCAUCAACAACGCGGGGAUAGCCUUCAAAAUGGCAGAUACAACGCCCUUUGGGACCCAGGCUGAGGUGACCCUGAAGACCAAUUUUUUUGCGACCAGAGACAUGUGCAAUGAGUUCCUCCCCAUCAUCAAAUCAGGAGGUAGGGUGGUGAAUGUCUCCAGUGGGAUGGGGUCCAUCGCCCUGGGUCGCUGCAGUUCUGAACUCCAGGCCCGAUUCCGCAGCAAUGACAUCACAGAGGAGGAGCUAGUAGGGCUGAUGGAGAGCUUUGUGAAGAAAGCUCAGGAGGGCGUCCACAAUCAGAGCGGCUGGCCUGACACAGCAUACGGGGUGUCCAAGACGGGUCUAACCACCCUGACCAGGAUCCAGGCCAGGAAGCUGACCGCAGAGAGACCAGGCGAUGGAAUCCUCUGUAACGCCUGCUGUCCAGGCUGGGUCAGGACAGAUAUGGCCGGGCCCAAUGCAACAAAGUCACCAGACGAGGGCGCCAUCACCCUAGUCUAUCUCGCCUUGCUGCCACCUGGUGCCAAGGAGCCCCAUGGGCAGUUUGUAUCCGAGAAGAAGGUCCAGCCUUGGUGAGGAAAAGUGUAUGGCUGAAUCUCAAAUGAAUCCCUAUUGUACUUUCUGUAAACAUGUUUAUGUGCACUAUAUAGGGAAUAGGGGGCCAUUUGUGAUUGUUUGUUCAAUUGAUUUGUUUCUUACAAAAAAGCAGCUUGGCACAUCAAAAUGAGUUAAUGAUUAAUUAGUUAAGAUUAAUUCAUAAUUUUGCAUUAUAUUGUUAUCAUUAAGAUUUAAUUAUAUAUUAAAUACAUUAAUAAAAUAUAUAUUUUAAAUCUUCUCAAAACAUUGUGUCGUAUUCUGUGCGAGUUAGAUUUAAUUGGUGCCUUUUGAUAUGUAUACCUCCGUCUUUAUUCUUGACUAGUAACUAUAAACCAAAUAAAAUAUUUUCAUGCUAAAAUUUUCUUAACUUUUUUAUUUUUGGUCUUUUUUUCCCACAUAUUAUAUACUGCUUGAUAAUGCAAAUGCAAAUCCAUGUAAUUCAGGUACUGGUACGAAAGUGUAGUGCACUAUAUAUAGGGAGUAUGGAGCCAUUUGGAAUAUUGGCAACUUAACACAUCAAAAUUAAUUAUCAGUAAUUUAAUUAUGUAGUAAGUAUAUUUAUGUUUUAAAAUGAUCUAAAUAAAUUUAAUUGGUGCCUUUUGUUUUGUUUGUAAACUAAAUAAAAAUGUUUGAAAUAUU